UGAACAGAAGCAGCCAUGAAAGGGCUAGGAGGCAAUCGAAGCCAUCACCCUUCUGACAACUGCGAACCGACAAGUGACCAAAUGUAUCCAACCGCUGUCCCAGAAAGGAAUCCUUAUCUGCUCAAUCCAGCAGAUUCGUAUCAAAUGGAACAUCAUCGCUUCCCAAUGUCCAGCACUAUGCAGGGAGACUGCCUCCUCCCUUUGAACAAUCAGAUUGCCAGCAGCACCUUCCCCAGGAUCCACUAUAACUCACACUUUGACCUGCAAGAUGAUUGUAGUUUCACCCCCAAUACUUCUACAAGCAAAAUUAAUCGCAUUCCUGCUAACCUGCUGGACCAGUUUGAGAAGCAGUUGCCUAUUCAUAGGGAUGGAUUCCAUACUUUGCAAUUCCAGAGGGGUGAUAACAAGCACCGGAGUGAAAGUCCGGGUCGGAUACGCCACCUCAUGCACUCUGUGCAAAAGCUCUUUGCAAAAUCUCAGUCCCUUGAGGCUGCCGGCAAAGGAAGUGUGAAUGGGAGCAAAUAUGGUUCAGAUGACUCCAAACAGAGCAAGAGAAGCAAGAGCAAGGACCGAAAAUUGGAAUCAAAGCGCAGAACAAGAACAAAUAUAUCAGGCUGGUGGAGUUCCGACGAUAACCUGGAUAGUGACAACUUAAAUUAUCGGAAUCCGAUGAGUUUAAUGACACUUGGGAGGCGCACUGACCAUGGACCUGCCAAAUACUUCAUGAACGCAUAUAACACAAUCAGUGAACAUACUCUUAAAGCUUCAAAGAGCAAUAAUGAUUUGAAAUGUUCACCUUGUGUGAAUAUACCAAUAAACGCUGACUCAAAGUACAUAAAGAGGGGCUCCUGGUCCACACUGACAUUAAGCCAGUCUCGAGAAGUUUGCCAAAAAUCAUCUGCUACUAUGGACAAAGCACUAUUGAAAUCCAAGUCAUAUCAUCAUGAUCUUGCUUCCCAGUCCUUGAAGGUCCCUUUUCACGAAGACUGGAGCAGCACUCUUUCACGUGGAAAAGUGGGAGAAAUUCCCUGCCGGCGAAUGCGUAGUGGAAGCUAUAUAAAGGCAAUGGGAGAUGACGACAGCGAGGAUUCUGAAAUGAGCCCCAAGCCAUCCCCAAAGACUGCAGCAAGACGUCAAAGUUAUCUCAAAGCCACACAACAAUCACUCAGUGAGCAGAUCAGUCAGCGGAAUCAUAACUAUCUUGCAUCAGUGAGUGAAUCCAUCCAUAGGAGUCUUGAUUGUCUGGAUACAGCAGAACUGAACUCACCCAGCUUUCAUGGAUGGAAUGAGGACUACAUGGGAAGUUCAGACACUCUCAAAUCCAACCCGAUUAACCAGGAGAGAGAAAUGGAUUUCAGCAAUCAAUAUGAAAAUAUCUGUGAGUCUGUCUUCAGCGAGGUGGACUCCCAAGCAGUGGAUGCCCUGGACCUGCCCAUACCUGGCUGUUUCCGCUCAAGAAGUCACAGCUACCUAAGAGCAAUCCAGGCUGGCUGUUCUCAGGAUGAUGACAAUAUAUCUGUCCGCUCGGUGUCUCCUCCACCUAUAGCAACCACAGUUCGAACCAUGCAAACCAACACCAAUAAAAACCCGGCCACAAACUUUGUGUUGAAGAGGAACUAUUCUGAGUCUACUGUGUCAUCGUGUAUAACCACUUACAAGAAGACUCCUCCACCAGUUCCACCACGAACCACAUCUAAACCAUUUAUUUCAGUUACAGUCCAGAGCAGCACAGAAUCAGCACAAGACACAUAUCUCGACAAUCAGGACCACAAGAGUGAUUUAAACAGUCAGUCCGGUCUCAGCAAUUCUUCAGAUAGCUUGGAUAGUGCCAGGGCUCUGAAUACGACUAAAACGGGAAGUGUUGCUGCCCCGGUUCGUGAACAAUUAGACAACCGAACCCAACACCGAAAUGCUACUGUAGCAGCUGAGAAGGGACCACUCGUCACUGAGGAACCGAAGGUGGAAGUUCCUCCAAAAAGAAAGCUGUCUUCCAUAGGGAUACAGGUUGACUGUUCCCAGAAUUUGAUUAAGGAACAAGAUUCUCAAAUUAUCAACAAAUUCCAGUCUAUUGGAAUACAAGUGGAAGACGAGUGGCGCAUAAGCCGCUCCAGCAGCAUGACUUCAAGACAAGAAACUGACUCUGAUACACAGGAAUGUAAUUCUACUGCUGGGUCCCAAGACAAAAGCAACCAGCUUUCAGAUUCAGCUCAGCAUCACAAUGCCUCAAACCCUGAACCUGUGGUACGGCAACAUGCAAAAAGCUCCCAGACAAAAAAUAAAGCAUUUGCUUAUGGAGAUAACUUAGAUCCAGCCCUAGAUCCAUCCUCUUUACCACCACCGGAGCCAUGGUUAGAAUCAACUAACAAUCUCCCUGUUGAACCAGUCCACACUACUUCAUGUCGUCGGGAUGGCUACUGGUUUUUGAAACUGUUGCAAGCAGAGAAGGAAAGAAUGGAAGGAUGGUGUCAUCAAAUGGAGAAAGAAACCAAAGAAAACAACCUGUCUGAAGAAGUCCUGGGAAAAAUCCGGAGUGCAGUAGGAAGUGCACAACUUUUGAUGUCCCAGAAGUUACAGCAGUUCCAUGGUCUCUGCGAGCAAAAUCUGAAUCAAAAUGCAAACCCACGACCGACUGCACAAGAUUUAGCUGGCUUUUGGGACAUGUUGCAGCUUUCCAUUGAAGACAUUAGCUUGAAAUUUGAUGAACUUUAUCAUCUUAAAACUAAUGAUUGGCAAAUUAUUGAAAUGCCAGAAAAGAAGGAGGAGAAAAAGCUGCCCCCGCCCGUGCCAAAGAAACCAGCAAAGGCUAAGACUCCUAUAAAUCGUGAGAAACUAACCGAUUCAGCAGACAAACAACGUCAGGAAGCUCGGAAGCGAUUAAUGGCAGCUAAACGAGCUGCAUCUGUACGACAGAACUCCGCAACAGAGAGCGCAGAUAGUAUUGAGAUAUAUGUUCCUGAAGCACAGACCCGGCUGUGAUUUGGAGUAGAUCUUUUGUACACAUUUUGGGCUAACUUUAAAAUUUCAGCAGUCUGUGCGAUUCUACAAGCAACAUUUAGCACCAAGUAAUAGAAUGCAAUGUUUAUUAGUAUAUAAUGCAUUGCUAUUCAACAGACUAUUAAAAUCCUUUCUUUCUAAAUGUUAAAUCUGAUCUCAACAGUGUGUAUAUUGGUUGCCAUGCUUCUCAUCAUUUGCAUGGCUUUGUCUUAUCCACCACAGUCAGUUUUUCUGUACAGUAAACAAAUUGCUUUGCCUCAAUAGCAAAUGGUGUUUUCUCUAGCAUAUACAGGAAAAGGACUGGAAAAAGUACAUCAACAAUUCUUCAUUAAUUUAACUGUUGAAAAUUUAGAGGAAGAUGAAGUUUCUUUGAAUAACUAAACCUGAGCUCAAUUUUAUUGGGUUGUUGUUACUUUUGAUCUAAAAAAGCGUGCUCCUGUUUGCUGGCACAAUAGCUUUUCAGAAGAUGCUUCCAUUGGCUCUGUAAAUUUGGAUUGCUGCUGCAAAAUGAUGUAAAACCUCUCUACCAUUCAGUAGAGCAAAGCAAUAGAGCAUUUCAAUGUUCUCACAUUUUUUCAAAAUGUACAGAAGUGACAUAGAAGAUACAACUGGGAACCAUAGAAUCAUUUUAUGAAAGAAGCACAUGCAACAAAAAAGGUUUUAUCAAAACUGAUCUAGUUUUAAAACCUUUUCAGAUGUGUUCUUGGAUUUUGCAGCCAAAAUUUUAAAGUAUUUGUCUCAUUUGUUACGGUUACUUCCUGAAUCUAGUAUUAGCUUAAAGUGGUUGUUUAUAUGUAGAUAACUAGUUAAAAUUUUAAGCAUUCAGAUGAAGAUAAAUUAUGGAGAGAACCAUUGUGUUUUGAUUGACUUAAGAAUCUGUUAGGUGCAAGUGUCAUGUUCAAAAAAGUUGGUGAAAUUUCAUAAAAACAUGAAAGAAGCACUACCUAAUAGCUUUUGUCCAAAUAUACUUUCUAACGUGUAGUAGUCUCCAUUAUUUCAUCUCUGUGUGAUACAGUGUCGUGUUUCGAAGAUUGCCAAAUGUUUGUCAACCAUCUUUUUAUUCUGUUUCUUUUAAUGGCUUUUAACAGAAGAAAUGAUUACUUUUUGACAUUCAAGACUCCAUUACUUAAACAUUAAAUUCAUGAGCAAAAGAUUUUAAUUUCAAAGAUUUAAAUAUUUAAAAUCUUGGUUGGUUAUAAUGCAACUAUGGUAACUCUGUAUUUGUUGUUUAAAAUGGUUAUUCAUGCUUUUUUUCUCAUCUGAGGAAUUGAUUUUCUGCACUUGUGCCCAAGACUGGAUGCAUUAGGACAAGAUCACAUUUUACUAGAGAUAGAUGAGAUUUGUUACUCAUCACUGAACUGUCAUUGUUGGUGGACUGUUUUUUAAAAACAAUAUUUUCCAUAAAGAGAUGUCUGGAGGCAAAAUGGCCUUCUAGCUUGA